AAAACAGUGUUCUUCAACAAUUGCUUAAACCACCAGGUAGAUUGGAUUCCAGAUUGCUGGAUUUCUACAACCUUUUCAACCAUGGAGGAUUAUUACCAAUCUUCCACCUGGUCUGAUGCUGAGAAUCGGUUUAAUUUCAGUGAUCAAAUAGGCAGAGAUUCAUCUUUCGUAAUCCCAUGGACGAUACAAGUUGACGGAGUUGCAGAGGAUAAAACUUCAACAGUUUACAACAGCCAUAGACAAGCCGAGAAACGUCGCCGGGAUCGAAUUAAUGCACAGCUUUCAGCUCUCAGAAAACUCAUCCCCAUGUCUGACAAGAUGGAUAAAGCAGCUUUAUUGAAAGGCGCAGUGGAACAAGUGAAGGAUCUAAAGAGAAAAGCGGCAGAAAUCAGCAAAGCUUCCAAUAUUCCGACAGAAAUGGAUGAAGUAACAGUGGAUUGGGUUCUUCCAGAAGACAUAAGCCCCAACAAUACUCGACAAGUGAUGGGUAGUAGCAGAGACAAGAUCUUCAUCAGGGCUUCGGUUUGUUGUGAUGAUCAACCUCAAGUGUUCACCGAACUCAUCAAAGUACUCAAAGGGCUAAGGCUAAACACCAUUAAAGCUGACAUUUCAAGUGUUGGUGGAAGAAUGAAAAGCAAUUUGAUCCUUUGCUGUAACAGCGUUGAUGAAGAAGGUUUUUCACCAACCACUCUGAAGCAGUCAUUGAAUGUGGUUCUGAGUAGGAUUGCUUCACCAUCUGAUGCAUCCAAUGCUCGUAUUAGAAGCAAAAGGCAAAGGUUGUUCUUGCUUUCUCAGUUUACACAAUAAACUAUACAUGAGCUAGAU